GAAGUGGAAAGAUUACGAACAGAGCUCGUCAGGUCAAGAUAUCCUGACGAGUUCUGUCCACACCGACCACUUUGUUUAUUUCGGUCGACAGAGAAGCACCUUCAGUCUGCUGCUGACUCUUUAUUUGUCGAUGUGACAGAGCUCCAAAAUGGACUUCCUGCUGGGUUUAACACUUUUGUUGGUGACGCUGGGUCUCCUCGAUUCUGCACCUACGGAUCAAGGCGAAGGCAUCUCAGAGGACACUUUAAAACAGUUGUCACUGGGUGGUGAGAAGCUUGUGGAUGAGGAGGUGAGGAGAGCUUUGUAUGGGGUGAAGCAGAUGAAGGAGGUGAUGUGGAGGAACGAGCAGAAGCAUGAACACCUGAUGAGGUCUUUGAGAAACAGCAGCGAAAAGAAGAAGGGGGCAGCAGAACUAGCCAAGGAGGUGACUGAGAAGCUGAAAGAGGCAGAGGAGCAGUGCAAAGACUCCCUGCAGUCUGAGUGGGAGGACUGCAGACCCUGUCUGGAGGAUGCAUGUAAAAACUUCUAUACCUCCACCUGCCGCAGGGGCUUUGUUUCUUUCCAUACUAAGGUAGAAAACUUUUUUAAAAGAGUUUCCCGGCGCUUUGGUCCCCGUGAGCCCAACUUGGAAGCAGGGGACAUUCUGGUAAACCAGGAUAACAACACAGACACAGAGAUCGUCCAGACUGAAGACUCCUUCAACCGACUGGUCAAUAAAGUGGGAAUGCUGGUGAACCGUACCGUCACCCUGGUCUCUAAGCUGAGCAGCAGGCUUGACAAAGCACUUCAGAGAGCCUUCCUGAACAACACCGAUAUCCUGAUGGAAGAAACCACCUCUGAUCCCUACGACCCUGCCCGGGACUCGGGCUUCCUGCAGGGUGUGGGACUAGAGGAAGUACUGGAAUCCUUCUUUGACUUUGGCAAAAGUGUGGUGGAUGAGUUUGGAGCUGUGGUGACCCAGGUGUUUGAUGAUAUCCACAAGACAGUGGAGGAAGAGAAGAAGAAAGAGAGGGAAAGUCUUCCUCGCUUCCUGCAGAACAGGAAGCUGUGCAGAGCCCUCCGCAGACAGACAUCAGAGUGCUGGCAGCUACAGAACGAGUGUGAGGCCUGCCAGGGAGCUCUGCUCACAGAGUGUCCCAGUGUUCGGGAACUGCACGUGGAGUUGGAUGAAGUUUCUCAGCUGCUGGAAAUCUCCAAAGAGCAGUAUGAUGAGAUCUUGUCUAUUGUCCAGCACCACACUGAUGAAACAGUCAGUUGGCUCAGCAGCAUGGCGGCUGUAUACAGCUGGGUGGCUCAGGCUGUGAGCAACAGCAGCGCUCCACAAAAUAUCUUCCACAUCACCAAGGUGGCACCAGAGAGCCACAAUGAACAGAAUGAGGCUGUUCGUGAGACCAAAGUGGAGGUAAACAUCCUAAACUCUCCUCCGCUUACCCUCACCGUUCCCAGUGAGCUGGAGCUGCAGGACCCAGCCUUCAUUCAGUAUGUGGCUCGGGAGGCUCUGGAGAAGUACAAGGAGAUGGUCAGGUUCGAAGAUGAGUAAUACUGCAGUGUGCAACAGUGAAUACAACUCGAGCAUGUUUGUAUUGUAGCCAUCAUCUUGUUGAAAUCUACAAAUGUCAAAUCAAAGUCAGAAAUCAUCGGUAUUCAGUAGAGUAAAGUAAAAAGAAGCAUAAAUUUAAAUGAAUUUUAAAAAAUGGCCACGAUUAAGAAAACACCUGGACGUCUUGGGUCCGACUCUUCAAGGGGAUCACUGCAACUCGUCAAGAACACAAGUAGUAAAAGUAACCUUUGAGUAAACCUUUUAUUUUCUUUCCUGUACAAAAAUCAUUAUUAGUAACUUUUCUCAUUAAUUUCAUUAUUCAUGUCCCUACUAGUUCAAGUCCCCAAGUUUUUAUGUUUAAGAACAAUCACAUAUGUUCUUUGAGUGAUGAACAGAAAGAAUUACAACAACAACAACAACAACAAAAAAAAAAAAGUUCACAUCUUUGUAGCUUUCAUACUCCCAAAUUUCCCCAUCACACACACCUGGACAGAGAAUGGAAGCAUUUCUAAGAAUUUCUUAUUAGAUUUUGAUCUGUAAAAGCACUAAAGCCCUGUCUGGAACACA